UGAUCUGUGUACAUAUAACAUUGAGGUUGGGUUUCAAUGACUUUAGAUUCUAUCACGCUUGUAGUUUCUGGUUAUUUAUUUCCUGCUCAAUUUGGAUUUGAUUAAUUAAAAGCUAAAAACAAUGUCCAGAAGAGAUAGAAUACCUCGUCCUGAACGACCGAACAAUCCGUUUCCAGCCUACCGUCAUGUUGGGUUUCAGUUUGGAUUUAACAUGUUUCCUGAAAUCCCAAGGCCCUUCGAUGCCACCUACCAGUGCUUUUCAGUUGCCAUGCUACCAGGCAACGAGAGGCAGGAUGUUGAAAGAGGAGGCAAGAUUAUAAUGCCGCCAAGUGCUCUGGAAAAGCUGACAAGACUCAACAUCAAUUAUCCAAUGUUGUUCAAGCUUACCAACAAAAAGAGUAAGAGGGAAACACAUAGUGGUGUUCUGGAGUUUGUUGCUGACGAAGGAAAAAUCUACUUACCAUUGUGGAUGAUGCACAAUAUGAAUUUGGACGAAGGAGACUUAGUGCAAAUCGAGAGUGUUUCUCUUCCAGUGGGCACAUUUUCAAGAUUUCAGCCCUUAUCCUCCGACUUCCUUGAUAUCACCAACCCCACAGCUGUAUUGGAAAAUUGCCUGAGAUCUUUUGCGUGUUUGACCAAAGGGGACAUAAUCGCUGUACAAUACAACCAAAAGGUCUAUGAGCUGUUGGUGUUAGAAACAAAACCCGGAGACGCAAUUAGUAUUAUAGAAUGUGAUAUGAAUGUGGAGUUUGCUGCGCCUGUUGGCUAUCAAGAACCUGAGGUUCCUAAGAAGCGAGAUGAAGAAAUGGUCCUCGAUCCUUCUGAUCUAAUGCCUGAACCGUCUGGGUUUGUUGCAUUUAAAGGAGCUGGCAAUCGACUCGAUGGAAAAAAGCGCAAAGAUUCAUCAUCUGCUGAUCAAGGAGCUUCUAAGCCAGUUUAUGUGCGAGGAAUACCAGAUUAUGACUACCAAAUUGGCACGCUACGAUUCAUAAGGCAAACGGCGAAGCCCAAAAAUAACGAAAACCCGGAAAAUGACGAAUUCAAACCAUUUAGCGGAACAGGAUUUAGUCUACGCGCUCGAACUUAGGUGACAUGAUUCGAUAAUGUUUCUGCUGUUUUUUCCCUAUAUUUGUUUUUAUUUAUGUAUUAGCGAAAAAAUAAACUGGCUUUGCGAAGUCUAAA